AUGGAAAUCCCACAACCCCUCCAAUCACCAGGCCCCAUCAGACCGAUAACUUGUGUCGAAAUGCACACGGCAGGCGAGCCGACACGAAUUAUUUGGAACGGUAUCCCACAUUUAACGGGUACACUCCUUGAACAACGAGCGCAAGCAAAAGCGCAGUUCGACGAAUUCCGCCGCGUUCUCAUGCUUGAACCGCGCGGCCACUACGACAUGUACGGCGCGAUCUUACGCCCAGAAACCGAGCUCGUAAGCUCGGGAAAAGCCCAUAUGGGCGUUCUGUUCAUGCACAAUGAAGGGUUCUCGACUAUGUGCGGACAUGCGACGAUCGCGCUGGGUCGGUUCCUCGUCGAUGUUGACGAGAAGGUGUUUCCUCAUCGCAAGGAAUUAAAAUACGAUUCCGUGUCCCAGACAACGACCCUUAACCUGCAUGUACCCUGCGGGGUGGUCGAGAUUACUGUUCCUACCCUGGUGUGUGGGAAGUCGGAUGCGUCGCGGCCUGUUUCGUUCGUGUCGGUGCCGUCGUUUGCUACGGCUAUCUCCUUGCAGGUCCCUGUGCCUGAGAAAUAUCGUUGGGCUGAGCUUCGUGGCAAGACUGCUGUUACGACGGACUUUGCUUAUGGGGGUGCGUACUAUUGUAUGAUUAGUGCCGAGGAAUUGGGAUUCCCUAGUGGUCUUGGUGAGGCCAAGUUGCAGGAUAUGGAUCGUGCGACGAAGUUGCUCAAGGAGGCGGUGGUUACAAAUCCAGAUUUGCAGUAUCUCACUCAGGAUAUUCGAACUGCCGAGGAAGGGUUCUUGUACGGUAUUAUGAUCACGGAUACCCGACUGGGGCAUGUUAGUGCCUCGGAAGGGACGGCAGCUGCUCGUGCGCAGCUCGAUGUUAGUAGCGAGGAGACAGGGCUCUGUUUCUUUGCAAACCAGCAGAUUGACCGAUCUCCUACUGGAAGCUGUGUUGCUGCGCGGGUGGCUCUCGCACAUGCCAAAGGAUCUCUGUCUGGGGGUGAGAAGAGGAUCUAUAACUCUCUAGUGACUCGUACAUAUAGAGGUCUUUCUGGGUUUGUUGGAUCUGUCUUUGAUGAUGCUGGCACAAGUGGAGGAGACCAGCAGAGUGUUCGCGUCCGCGUCGAGGGAUAUGCGUAUUAUACCGGAUAUCAUUCCUUUGUGGUAGAGAAGGAGGAUGGCCUUGGGGUGGAUGGAUUCUCUGUCAGGGAUAUUGCUUUUUAG